AUUGAAGCAGCUCAUUAUUAUCACUCUGCAUCAUUGUUGUUGAAUCGUAUCACGCUGCUUGUUUGGUCAUUAUUUCGUCCUCCCUCUGACGACAGAAAUACAGAAGUAGCGGCUAAACUCUGCGUGGUGUGUGUGUGUGUGUGUGUGUGUUGUCUUAGCACAGUUCUUGUUUCACACAGUGCAUCUGUGGGAGGAUGAGGAAGUAGGUGUUUGAAUUGUCGCAGUGGAUGUCUUGUAGAUUUUAGCUGGCUGCUGUUGGCUGACUGUCCUGCUGUGUAUGUGUGAGAGAGAUGGCUGCAGCCUGAGGACUUCCACCUGUGGAUUUUAACAACACGCACACACUCUCUUGACAGUGGACACCUGAGGAGGAGAGGCCCAUAGGAACAAUGGCCAAGUAUCACUGGCAGAGUCAAAAUGUGAAGCAGAGCGGCGUGGACGACAUGGUCCUGUUGUCCAAGAUCACCGAAGAGGCCAUCGUGGAAAACCUGAAGAAGAGAUACAUGGACGACUACAUCUUUACAUAUAUCGGCCCUGUGCUGAUCUCAGUCAACCCGUUCAAACUGAUGCCGUAUUUCACUGACAGAGAGAUCGAACUUUACCAAGGAGCUGCUCAAUAUGAGAACCCACCGCACAUCUACGCUCUGACUGAUUUCAUGUACAGAAACAUGAUGAUUGAUGUAGAGAAUCAGUGUGUUAUCAUCAGCGGUGAGAGUGGUGCUGGAAAGACAGUGGCUGCCAAAUACAUCAUGGGUUACAUUUCUAAAGUAUCCGGAGGAGGAUCCAAAGUUCAGCAUGUGAAAGACAUCAUCCUACAGUCUAAUCCUCUGCUGGAAGCUUUUGGUAACGCCAAGACCGUACGAAACAACAACUCCAGCCGCUUUGGGAAAUACUUUGAGAUUCAGUUCAGUAGAGGAGGAGAGCCAGACGGUGGCAAAAUCUCAAACUUCUUGUUGGAGAAGUCGAGGGUUGUGAGCCAGAAUGAGAACGAGAGGAACUUCCAUGUUUACUAUCAGCUGAUAGAGGGCGCCAACGCACAGCAGAAGGAGGGUUUGGGCAUCAUGACACCAGACUACUACUACUACCUCAACCAGUCUGGGACCUACAAGGUGGAUGGCACCAACGACAGCAAAGACUUCCAAGAGACUAUGGAAGCCAUGCAGGUUAUUGGGAUCCCAAGUGACAUCCAGACUCAGGUGCUGCAGAUCAUAGCAGGCAUCCUCCACCUGGGGAACAUCAGUUUCGUAGAGGCAGGAAACUAUGGAAAGGUGGAGAGCACUGACUUGCUUGCCUUUCCUGCGUAUCUGCUGGGCAUCGACCCAAACCGCCUGCAGGACAAGCUGACGAGCCGGAAGAUGGAUUCAAAGUGGGGAGGGAAGUCGGAGUCCAUUAAUGUGACCCUGAACCAGGAGCAGGCCACCUACACACGAGACGCCCUGGCCAAAGCGCUCUAUGCUCGACUCUUUGACUACCUGGUGGAGGCCAUAAACAAAGCAAUUCAAAAACCACAUGAAGAAUUCAGUAUCGGAGUACUUGAUAUUUACGGCUUUGAGAUAUUCCAGAGGAACGGCUUCGAGCAGUUCUGCAUCAACUUUGUCAACGAGAAACUUCAGCAGAUCUUUAUUGAGCUGACUCUGAAGGCUGAGCAGGAAGAGUAUGUUCAGGAGGGAAUCAAGUGGACUCCCAUCGAGUAUUUCAACAACAAGAUUGUGUGCGACCUUAUUGAAAAUAAAUUGAAUCCUCCUGGUGUAAUGAGUGUGCUGGAUGAUGUGUGCGCCACCAUGCACGCCAAAGGAGAGGGCGCAGAUGGCACUCUGCUGCAGAAACUGCAGGCGGCUGUGGGAACGCACGAACAUUUCAACAGCUGGAACUCUGGCUUUGUCAUACAUCACUACGCUGGAAAGGUAUCAUAUGAUAUCAACGGCUUCUGUGAGAGAAACCGGGAUGUGCUGUUCCCUGACCUCAUUGAGCUCAUGCAAAGCAGUGAAUAUAACUUCAUCCGUAGCUUGUUCCCUGAAAACCUGAACACAGAUAAGAAAAGCAGACCCACCACAGCCAGCUCAAAGAUCAAGAAACAAGCGAAUGAUCUGGUGAACACGCUGAUGAAAUGCACUCCGCAUUAUAUCCGCUGUAUCAAACCCAAUGAGACCAAAAGGCCAAGAGACUGGGAGGAGAGCAGAGCCAAGCAUCAGGUCGAAUACCUCGGACUGCGGGAAAACAUCCGUGUGAGAAGAGCUGGCUUUGCGUAUCGUAGAGUCUUCACUAAGUUUCUGAUGAGGUAUGCUAUUCUGACCCCUGAGACGUGGCCAUGUUGGAGGGGUCCAGAGCAGCAGGGGGUCCUCCACCUCCUCCGCUCCGUCAACAUGGAGACUGAUCAGUACCAGAUGGGACGCACCAAAGUCUUUGUGAAGAACCCUGAGUCUCUGUUCCUUCUUGAGGAAAUGAGGGAAAGGAAGUUUGACACCUAUUCCAGGAUCAUCCAGAAGGCCUGGAGAAGAUUCAUCGCCAGGAAGAAGUAUGAACAGAUGAGAGAGGAGGCCUCCGACAUCCUUUACAACUCCAAGGAGCGGAGGAGGAACAGCAUCAACAGAAACUUUGUCGGGGACUACCUCGGUCUGGAGCAGAAGCCCGAGCUGCGACAGUUCAUGGCCAAGAGGGAGCGCAUCGACUUCGCUGAUUCUGUCAACAAGUUUGAUCGCAGGUUCAAGUCCAUCAAGAGAGAUCUGAUCUUGACCCCAAAGGGCAUCUACCUGAUUGGUCGAGAGAAGGUGAAGAAAGGACCUGAGAAAGGAGAGAUAAAGGAGGUGCUGAAAAGAAAAAUGGAGUUUGCCAGCAUCAGUGGGGUCUCUCUCAGCACAAGACAGGACGACUUCUUCAUCAUCCAUGAGUCGCAGUAUGACAGCCUGCUGGAGUCCAACUUUAAGACAGAGUUCCUCAGCUUGCUCACCAAACGCUUCGAGGAAGUGACCAAAAGAAAACUGACAAUCACCUUCACUGACAGGCUGGAGUUCAGAGUGAAGAAAGAGGGCUGGGGCGGAGGAGGCUCCAGGGUGGUGGUGUUUCAGAGGGGACAAGGGGACCUGGCCCAGCUCAAACCUGGAGGGAAGACCCUCACCAUCACAGUUGGGGAUGGUCUACCAAAGUCCUCCAAGCCUACCAGGAAGACUGCUCCACAGUCCCAUGGUGGAGGGAGACAACCUGUCGCCAGCAGAGCUCAUCAGAACGGAGCAGCCAAGUUUUCCCGAGCGCCUCACAACCCACCAUCAGACAUCACAUACUCCUCCCCGCACAAACAGGCCCGGCCACCCAGCACAGCCCCGCCCAAACUGGGCUCCCAGAGGGCCCCCCGGGUCCCAGCCCACAACCAGCACAACCAGGGGAACCUGGACUUCCUCAACGUGCCUGACCAGGGCAUGUCUGGGAAACAGAGGAGAAGGAGCAUCAAUACCAGACCUCCUCCUGCUCCUAAACCACAAGCUCGACCUCAGGGGCCUCGCUGCCGGGCGUUAUAUCAGUACGUCGGCCAGGACACGGACGAGAUCAGCUUCGAUGUCGACGAUGUGUUCGACCUCGUCAAAGAAGAUCCAACAGGCUGGUGGACAGGCAGGGUUAGAGGAAAGGAAGGUCUCUUUCCUGGCAACUACGUGGAGAAGAUCUGAACGGGACAGGACAGGAGGAGAAUCACCGAGGAGAAAAGAAGUAUUUUGUUGAAAGCAGCACAUGCUAAAGAAACUGCCUGAUAACUGAUCUAGUAUCGCACGAUAGAUCCUCAUCUGUAAAGAAAACAGGGCUGUUAAAGGUUGGACCUUCGCUGACAUUUAAAACACAGAUAACUUGUUCUGCAUGGUGACAGACAUCGCUCCUUAAAACACAAAUCCACAGCAAACAGCUGCUCAGGUUUCAUCUCUCUGUUGUGUUUUUGGAUGACACCACAAUGAGGCCUUCACUUUUAAUCCAGUCUACAGUAACACCUUUAUCAGGGAUGUGAAGUCUUAUGUUUGUAAUCACAUCUUUAAAAGAAGCAUCUUGGCUAGAUUUAAUGAUGAGGAAGUUAAAUCACAGCGGUCAAGACAUUUAAUCAUACUGUAUUUGAACAGCUGUGAAGGAAUAGUAGCAACUCUGAGUGAUUCCUGUGGGUUUAAUGAUAUUCAAUAAACUUAGUUUUUGCAAAUCCAUUUUUAGCUGUUGUGAUGAAGGCUGCAGGAGUCAGUGAAUGCAUGUUUUAAGAACCUUUUAAAGUGCCUUAAAUGACUCAAAGACAAAGUUCCAGCCUUAGCAGCAGAAACGACCUACAAUGACUGCAUCGCCUCCUGAGGUUCGCCCGGAGCUUUCUUCUUAGAAAUCUAAUCCUGCUCAGUAUUCAUGAUUGAAACUUAAGCAAACAAUCAAGUUAAAAUGUGUUUGUAUCUGUUGAAUACGUGACCUUGAUUGUGACUUAUGCACUGAAACAAACCUGCUUCUGCUCAUCAGCAAAAAAAGAAGAUUUUUCUAGUCUGGAUAAAAACUUAGAUUUUAUAUUCAUGGAUUUUUUUUUACGGAUUUUGUUGUAAGGAUAAGUUUCUCAAGUUUUAGGAAAAUAAAAACAUAUAUUUUUAAUUUUUUUUUACCUCAAGGAUUCUGCACUGGUUGAGAUUACAUGAUCUGUAAGUUAUGAAUGAUUUCUGCAUGAAAACAGAAAGAGGUGACUUAAAACUUUUACAUUUUUAGAAAGUGUUCAAUUGCCAAUUUCUCUUUUGUUUUUACAUUUCCAGUUGAUUUUGUAACAUAGUGUAAUUGCGUCGGUGUCGAUACAUGUCUGUUUUGUUCAUAUAAAAUAAGAAAAAAAGUUCAAACAAUCAACUUACUUUUCAUAAUAAAUUCAUAUCAC